AUGAAGUUCAUCUUCAUAUUACUCUCAACCCUUUUACUAGGAUGUCUCUUGGUUAUGACUGUCCAAAGCAACACAUCAACAAUGGUUGUUUCAGACGGAGAAAGGAACAAAAACAAGUCUGAGAUGGGUGAAGUUACCGCCAUAUCGGCUCAAAAGGAACUUUUUGAGAGAACUUUUGGAGCUUCUCCUAUGAGGAAGUUAGGUUUUGGAACAAUCAUGCAUCAUGAAGAAAAAAGUGUGGAUUCUGAGAAUAUUGAGAAAGGAGAAACUUCAAAGAUUUCAGGUAAGGAGAAUGGUGGUUUGAAGAAGUCUUUCAGAAGGUUAUUCCAAUUACAAAAGAGUGAUGUUCAUGAGAAGCAUAUGAUAAUGAGGCCAAAGGUAUAUUUGAAAGUCACCACCAAGGUUGCAAUUUCAAGGAAUAGUCUCACAGCCAACACAAACACCAAGUGUUCACAAGAUUGUGAUGAUGCAAAAGAGAAAUCAUCAAGGAAUGAACAAGAAAUAUCUAAACAAGCUCAAGAUAUUGAUGCUGCAAAAGAGAUUGAAAGCCUCAUGUAUAAGGAUUAUAAUAAUAAGGGAAAGCCAUCACAUAGGCCACCUAUCAAUAAUCAUGAACCUAAUAAUCCUUAG